GACAAAAGAAUGUCUGCGAAGUUAUCGACCUGCUUUUUCAGCCAUGGCUUUUGCAGUUUGAAUAACAAUGAUGUUGAUAAUAAUAAUUAUAAUAAGAAUCUCAAUAUGAGAUUGUUGUUUUUGCCUUCCACUCGCUUUCUCCCAGCUUCUUGCAGAAUGCGGCAACGAAAUAUCAGUGCUAAUAAUAAAAGACAACGAGGGAAGAAACCUCCCUCUGAGCAGAUUCCGAUAAGUGCAGAGUUGCAGCCAAUUGGCGAUGAGGAAUCCGAACCUGAAGACUCUGCCAUAAAUGGAGUUGACAUGGAGUAUUUUGUAACUCGUGAAACUAAUUGUAAAGAUGAUGUUGACACUGUGACAGAUAUAGAACAUAUCGAUGGACAUAAUCUGGGAACUCUAUCUGUCUCUGCCAUUGAGACUAACGGAAGUGUGGAGCAUAUCAAUGAACAGAUUGCAAACGGCCUUGUGCUGCCUGCUGUGACAAGAGCUUUGGCCAUAAACAUUGAUGAAGGACAACAUCUCUCAGGUGUUCAACGAGAGGAUUUGGUAGUCAUGAUGAAAAAUGCAGAGAGAAAUAUACUUCUUCUCGAUCGAGCUCGGGUUCAUGCACUAGAAGAUAUUCGUAAAAUUCUUGGUGAGAAGGAGACAUUGCAAGGAGAAAUUAACACUUUGGAAAUGAGAUUGGCAGAGGCUGAUGCACGGAUUAAAGUUGCUUCCCACAAAAAGAUGCAAGUUGAGCUCCUAGAAGUUCAGUUAGAGAAGUUGCGAAAUGAGUUGAUCGCCAGGGGUGAACUUGAACUGUAUGAGAAUAAAAAUGAUUUUUUGAACGAGGAAGCACAUUUAGCACAUGAUAGUCAUGCUCAUCAUCUUAGCAAAGAGGUUCAUACAUUGAGGACAGAGAAUCUAGCCCUAAAAGAUGAUAUCCAAGCACUUAAGUCUAUGAUUAGCAAUGUCAAAAACACUGAUGAUCGCAUGGCAACACUGGAAAGUGAAUGCUCUUUACUAGAGUCCUCUGUGAAGGAUUUGGAGUCUAAAUUGUUGGUUUCCCAGCAAGACUCUUCAAAAAUUUCUACUCUAAAGGUUGAAUUCCAUGGGCUAUGGGAAAAGGUAGAAAAUUUACAACACUCACUGGAUCAGGCAACUAAACAGGCCGAUCAAGCCAUUUUAGUGUUAGAGCAAACCCAGGAUCUUCGAAAGAAGGUUGAUAAAUUGGAGGAAUCUCUUGAAGAGGCUAAUGUCCAUAAGGUGUCAUCCGGGAAAAUGCAACAAUAUAAUGAAAUAAUGCAGCAAAAGAUAAAACUAUUAGAGGAGCGUCUUCAAAAGUCUGAUCAAGAUAUAUAUUCUUAUGUCCAGUUAUAUCAAGAAUCUCUAGAGGAAUUUCAAGACACACUUAAUAGUUUGAAAGAAGAGAGCAAGAAAAGGGCAGCAAAUGGACCUGUUGAUAUGCCUUGGGAAUUUUGGAGCUGCUUAUUGCUUACUAUUGAUGGUUGGGUGCUGGAGAAGAAAAUAUCAAACAGUGAUGCAAAGCUUUUGAGAGAACUGGUGUGGAAGAAGGACCGACGCAUUUGUGAUGCAUAUAUAGCAUGCAAAGAAAAGAAUGAGCGUGAAGUUGUAUCUACAUUUCUCCGGCUGACAUCAUCACAAGCUAGUUCAGGGUUGCAUGUUGUUCAUAUCGCUGCUGAGAUGGCACCAGUUGCCAAGGUUGGCGGUUUAGGGGAUGUUGUGACGGGUCUUGGUAAAACAUUGCAGAAGAAAGGUCACCUUGUAGAGAUUGUUCUCCCGAAAUAUGAUUGUAUUCAAUAUGAUGGAAUUCUUAACUUAAGGGUCUUAGAUGUAACGGUAGAGUCAUAUUUUGAUGGCAAACUGUUUCAAAAUAAAAUUUGGGUUGGUACCGUUGAAGGUCUUCCGGUUUAUUUUAUUGAGCCUCAUCAUCCCAACAAGUUCUUUUGGAGAGGACAAUAUUAUGGAGAGCAUGAUGAUUUCAAGCGUUUUUCAUAUUUCAGUCGUGCGGCACUCGAGUUGCUUCUUCAAGCCGGCAAGAAACCAGAUAUAAUUCAUUGCCAUGAUUGGCAGACAGCUUUUGUUGCACCACUUUACUGGGAAUUGUAUGCUCCAAAAGGUUUAAAUUCUGCUCGAAUAUGUUUUACUUGCCACAAUUUCGAGUACCAAGGGGCUGCAUCUGCUUCGGAAUUGGCAUCAUGUGGUCUGGAUGCCGAGCAGUUAAAUAGACCUGAUAGAAUGCAAGAUAACACAUCACAUGAUAGGGUCAAUCCUGUUAAGGGUGCAAUUGUGUUCUCAAACAUAGUGACAACAGUAUCACCUACUUAUGCACAAGAGGUCCGAACAGCUGAGGGAGGAAAAGGCCUCCAUUCAACACUUAAUUUUCACUCAAGAAAGUUCGUGGGAAUCUUAAAUGGGAUUGAUACUGAUGCAUGGAAUCCUGCAGCCGAUAAUUUUAUCAAAGUGCAGUAUAGUGCUAAUGAUAUGCAAGGGAAAACAGAAAAUAAAGCUGCCAUCCAAAGGCAGCUAGGGCUUGCUUCUGCUGAUGAUCAACGGCCAUUGGUGGGCUGCAUAACGAGAUUGGUUCCACAAAAAGGUGUGCAUCUAAUCAAACAUGCCAUAUAUCGAUCGUUGGAGAUGGGCGGUCAGUUUGUACUUCUCGGUUCAAGUCCAGUUCCUCACAUUCAGAGGGAAUUUGAGGGUAUAGCAAGCCAAUUUCAACAUCACGAACACGUCAGACUGAUACUAAAAUACGACGAGUCUCUUUCUCAUUCCAUUUUUGCAGCAUCCGACAUGUUCAUCAUUCCAUCUAUUUUUGAGCCUUGUGGCCUUACACAGAUGAUAGCAAUGAGAUAUGGUUCGGUACCCAUUGCAAGAAAAACCGGCGGCCUAAAUGACAGCGUUUUUGAUGUCGACGACGAGACUAUCCCUCGCAAAAUUCGAAAUGGAUUUACGUUCAUAACUCCUGAUGAACAGGGAAUAAACAGUGCACUGGAACGUGCAUUUGAUCUCUACAAGAACAACAAAGAGAACUGGAAACAACUCGUUCAGAAGGACAUGAAAAUGGAUUUCAGCUGGGAUUCUUCGGCAUCACAGUACGAGGAACUUUACACCAAGUCCCUUUCCCGAGCCAAAGCAGCAGCGAGCAGCGCUUAAGAGCAUUGCUUGGGUGAGCGGAAAAGUGAAAGGGAAUGAUUCAAUGAAGCAAGUCCGAUUUGUCCAUUCUACAGCCCAACAGUUGAAGAUUCACAAGCUUAUAAGUGAAGAUCAGUAACGUUAAAGCUGCAUCGAAAUCAGUGGUACUCUUUGCACCUUUCAGCUCCGAUUGUUGAUAGUUACAUUUUAAUCA